UUUGAGUGAAUUGACUCAAAUUCAUUUAGAAGACUAGAUUGCACUAAUAUAUCAAUCCCGUUCUUGCAUCCCUUCUCUCUGUCAAAAGCCUUGUCGGAAUCCUUUCUCAUCCCAUAAAACUUUCAGUUUCCAAUUACGGUAAAAAUACUAAAAAUGAGAAGAGGGAAAUUCAAGUCGUAACUGCAUCAAGGUAUCCACACUGACAUGGAGGCUCCAAUAAAAUGUGCGUUAUAUUUCAGAACCACUUGUUCUCUCAGCUUCAAAUGCUUCUCUAGUUUGUUUCCUCUCAUCUAUUUCCGCUUUGAUUGAAACUUACUAUAAAAUCUGGUGUGGACUAUUCGGCUUGUGCGGUUGUUCGUGAUCAUCUAUGUAUUGCUUGUUUGCUGGAAAAAGUGACAGUGGUAAAGAGAAGCAAAAUGAUAGGAAAUUUCACUUUUGUUUGUAUAGCCUUUGUCUUCCAUAUAUGGAAUAAUUGCAUAUUUGCAGAUAGUUGUUAGUUUACCUGGUUGCAUUGUUAUUUUAUGAUCGGUUUGAUGAGAAUUCCAGAAAUUGUGUUAGUUUUGAAAACGUUUGGCUCUUGGAGUCGUUCCUAUAUUUCUCUCGGAGCUUAAAUUUUAUUAGUGUUUGGCAUAAUGUUCCUUUUUUCGAUCUUCGUGAAGGACGUUUUUUGGAUUUCGAGUUUCGCCAAAUUAAACUGAUGGCGUCAAUAGAUGAUUAUGUUUUGUUAUGGGAUUGUAAUUGUACUAAUGAAUUUAGUUACAGGCCUGUUGACCUUUGACUAUCAUAGUCUUUUCUCAGUUUUUCAUCUAUGAUUCUAAAGGGUAGAUAUUAAUAUGAUAUAUGCUGUGUGAUGAACCAAAGAAUAAUUAUACUUCGAGUAAUUGUUUUAAUUAUGAAAACUAGAAACAACUUUUUGUUUGUUUUUGGGUUUCUGCUUUUUGUUUUAGAGAAAUACAAAACAUAAAACCAAAACAGACAUGGAAUGACGUCUAAGGUGUUCAUUUCAAACUUCUGCGUGAUUGUGGAAUGGUAAAUGGAAGUGGUUUUGAAGUCUUCCGUUUACAGUGUUGGCCUCAGUAUAAACACUAUUGUCAAUGGGUGGAUGCUUAGAUAGCUGAUAGUGUUCAGCACAGAAAAGAAAGAAUGGAAGACCUUCCAUCUGGUUUAAUUAUUGGGAUUUCCAUUGGGGUGGUGAUUGGAGUAAUUUUGGCUGUACUGGCACUUUUGUGCCAUAGAGUACACAGGAGACACCCUCAUAUAGGGAAUAGCAGCUCCAGGAGAGCUGUUACAAUCCCAAUUCGUAAAAAUGCUGCUGAUGCUUGUACAGUAUUGUCAGAUUCCUCUGUUGGGACUGAAACGCCAAAAACUCCUAUCCAAUAUGGGACGUCGAUGUGGUUUGGGAGCGUUAGAAAGUCAAACAUGGUAUCUGCAACUGGGAUUCUCGAGUACUCAUACAAGGAUUUACAAAAAGCAACUUGCAAUUUUUCCACAUUGAUUGGGCAAGGGGCAUAUGGUCCUGUAUACAAAGCUCAGAUGCCAACUGGUGAUACUGUUGCUGUUAAAGUGCUUGCAACAGAUUCUACACAAGGAAAAAAAGAGUUUCACACAGAGGUCAUGCUACUUGGAAGGUUGCAUCAUAGGAACCUUGUGAAUUUGAUUGGAUAUUGUGCUGAGAAGGGUCAAUACAUGCUUAUCUAUGUCUACAUGAGUAGAGGUAGCUUGUCUUCACAUUUGUAUGCAGAUGAAGUAUUGGAGCCGUUGAGUUGGGAUUUGAGGGUUCACAUUGCCCUUGAUGUAGCAAGAGGUUUGGAGUAUCUUCAUGACGGUGCAGUCCCUUCUGUAAUACACCGAGAUAUAAAAUCUUCCAAUAUUUUGUUAGACGAAUCCAUGGGGGCCAGGGUUGCAGACUUUGGUCUGUCAAUGGAAGAGAGGGUUAACAAAUAUGCUUCUAACAUACGGGGAACAUUUGGAUAUCUGGAUCCUGAAUAUAUAUCAACAAGGACAUUCACCAAAAAGAGUGAUGUGUACAGCUUUGGGGUAUUACUCUUUGAACUUGUUGCUGCAAGAAAUCCUUUUCAGGGCCUUUUAGAGCAUGUUGAAGUAGCUGCUAUGACAACAGAUGGUAAGAGCGGAUGGGAAGAGAUAGUGGACUCCCGUCUUAAUGGGAAGUAUAAUGUCCAGGAACUUAAUGAUGUGUCAACCCUUGCAUACAAAUGCCUCAACUCUUUACCCAAGAAAAGGCCUUCCAUGAGAGAGAUUGUGCAAGUUCUGGCUCGGGUAAUCGAAUCCAGACGUAGUUUGCAGCAUCACAAGCAGUUAUCUGCAACACCAGAAGAGGUUAGCAUCAGUGUAGACCAGCUACAUCAGCGGAGUCCAAUCUCUAGACACCGGCGUGUUCAAUCUGCGGAUAGCACUACUGAAUCGUGUUAGAUUUAAUGACUACAGUUUCCCAGUUCAACUCCAAUAUCUUCCUCUUUUCUCAUUACGUUUUGUGAUAUAAGUUUGACAUAGGAUCUAGAAAUUAGGCAAUUACAACAGUCUAAGAUAUCUCUAUACAAUUUUGCUCUUGCUUUUCUUUUCUGUGUUUCUAGUUAAAUUAGAAGAAGCCAAUAUGGGAAGCUGGACAAGUCAUAAGUGACGUUGUUGAGUCCUUGGUAUGAGGUUCAAGUUCAUUAAGCUUUGGGCCGCCUUUCUGGAAAUUGUUUUUUUUGCAAAGAUCUGGAAAUUGCUAUACACUACGUUCUACAUUUUUUUUUACUUUCCCAGCUAUAUGGUCAUGGC